AUGGUAGACAGUGAGGGUAAUAGGAUAGAAACAAUCGAGGAAACACUAAGGUUCCUAAUGAAUGUUUACUUCCCAUCGAACGCAUCGACAAUGGACGAUGUCAUGGCAGAUAGGGAAGAAAGAUCAGAGGAACCUAUUAUUGAUAAUUCAAUGGUGUUAGAAGCCUUAAAACGCUUCUUACCAUUGAAAGCGGCAGGACCGGUAUUUUUAUCACCACAUCUAGCCGCAAUCUUUAAUGUAUGUUUAGGGUUGACGUACACACCAAAAGCCUGGCAGGAAGCCAGGGUAGUCUUCAUACCCAAGCCCGGCAAGGCAAACUACGUCACACCAAAAUCAUCUCGGUCAAUAAGCCUAACUUCUUUCCUACUCAAAACCAUGGAACGUACAAUCGACACCAUGAUAAAGACCAGUAUACCCAAUGAUACAGUGAAAUACAAACAACAUGCAAUCCUUUGGUCCCUUGGCCUAAUUGCUGCCAUCAUCAUCUUUACCUUUGUCACUAUGAAAAUUCUCUACAUACAUACCCACAAACCUUUAAAAACGGUAAUCUCCGAUUUACAGCGUCCCGUUUUCAAAAUACCCUUUCCCGAGGUAACGUUAUGCAAUAAAAAUCGCCUUAAUUGGCAACGUUAUGCCGCAGUUAAGGAGAAAUUUUUACGACGACGUCAUCAUACCCCACAACAUGAGCGGGUUUUUAUGGAAGUUCUCAAUGCCUAUGAUACCCUGCAAUUUGGAAAAUUCGAUAAUUUUAAAAAUCUCUCUGACCUCUAUCCACCGAUUUUACUGCGGGAAUUGAAUUACAUAAAUUUUAGCCAUAUCGUAGAGGUGAUGGCAUGGCGUUGCCAUGAAAUUCUCAGUGAAUGUUCGUGGUCGAAUCGAACCUAUAAUUGUUGUGAUAUAUUUUCGCCACGUAAUUCCCUGAUGGGGUUGUGUUUGGCUUUCAAUUCGGUGGAGAGCAAGGAGGGUAUGUUGCGCCAAUCCAUGGAUAAAUAUUAUCCAUUAAGUAGUUUGGGUAGUGGACCGAAAAAUAGUUUGAAGUUGAAAAUUAAUCUGAGAGAGAAAUUACAUUCCCCUUUGGCGUGGGAUACAAAGGGGGUGAUGUUAAUGGCAGUGGAACCCGGUGUCUGGUCUUAUAUCACCCAUGAAAUUCCCACAAGUACCCGCACAACAAUAGGAUUAUCGGCGAAUUUACAAGUGUUCGAUAAUACAACACGAUUAUUCUCCCAGACGGUCAGGGAAUGUGUGUUUGAGGAUGAAUUAAAAAGUCUGUUCUACAAAUCCCUAAUAAAUCGUCCAUACAUGUAUGAGAAUUGCCAGGCGGAAUGCCAGCAGGAAUAUAUGACAGAAUUAUGCAACUGUACCAUGGAUUUGAUGUAUCCGCCCAAUGAUGUCUACAAGCCUUGUAGGCUACGUGAUUUGCCCUGCCUCUAUAAGAAUAAUCGCGUCCUGGUAAAUAUCGAACAGGUUGGUGCCCGACAAUAUGUGGUCUUCAAUCAGAAAGGUAUCAAUUGUCCUUGCUAUUACAAUUGUAAAUCCCUAAGCUAUUCCCUGGACGUCCAUGCUGAUAAUUUACCCAAUGUGUCAUCGAAUCAAAGUGAAACGGAAAUUUUAUUGGAGGUCUAUUUUCUGGGUGACUCGAUUAUGGUGUAUCGAACCACAGCCGUUUAUACCUUGGAGGACUUAAUGGCUUCCUUUGGUGGCCUGGCUGGCCUCUGUAUGGGCUGUUCCUUGGUGGGCAUAACGGAAAUUUUAUUUUUCUUCUUCUUCGAUAUACCCAAGAGGACAGUUAACAUGUCGGAGUUAUCACGCCGCCUAAAGAACAAAAGGAAAUUGAUAAAAACUGAACCUGUUAUAAUCAUACCUUGA